AGAACCACAAAAGCAAUUACAAACUACGAGCAGAGUACACAAUAAUGGUAGACCAAACGGCCUCCGUUUUUCUUGUUUUCAUUCAUGUUAGAUCCAUGGGAUCACUUGGAUUAUGGUACAGGAGAAAUCAAGGUCCCAGUCGUAUCCAGUUUCCCGGCGAGUAUCCCCAGAGAUACUUCCAGUGGCACUCCUUCAACAGGCGCCGAGGGUCGACAGGGACCAGAAACCUCCAUGAAUCAAAUAUGCAGACAUAGGAUGUGGGAAACAAGCCAACCUAUGCCGCCAUGCCCGGGACUGCGCGAGUAUGCCGGGAAGACAAAACAUGAUUAUCAUCAAAAUAUGUGAUCAAUGCAAUGGAGGCGAUGCCCAGCCCAUGCAACAUAUGUAAAACGCCAUAAUUCGACGCCGCGUAACGAAAAACCAUCCCAGCAGGUAAUUCACCAAUCCCCACCGUAACCAUAAAACAUAUCAAACAUGAGGAGAUCUUGACUGUAUGCCAAGUAUU